AUCCUAAUGCAAGACCACCAUUGAGAAAUGCUGACUGGAAAGAAAGGUCUAGAUUGUGUUCUACUGAGCUGACUGGUCUACACUCAUCACAGCAUAUAUAUUCAAGGAAAUAUUUAGUAGUUGGAAAAACAAUUUGAAACGUCAAACAGUAGUCAGAAUGGAGUUGCCUGAGGUUGGAAGUCACUGUACAGUAUCAUCGUGUAAUCGUUUAGAUUUCCUUCCAUUUGAAUGUGAUGCAUGUCACAAGAUAUUCUGCAAAGACCACCAGACGUACAAUGAACACAACUGUACCGAAGGUCUUGAUAAGAAUGUGGUUGUCCCCACGUGUCCUCUGUGCAAUCAGCCCGUCCCUGUGGCGAGGGGGGAUGACCCUAACAUUAAGGUCAAUCAACACAUACAGCAAGAAUGUAGAAGUGAUAAAGCCAAUAAGCUUUACACAAACAAGUGCUCCUUUCCUGGCUGCAAGAAGAAAGAACUUGUUCCAGUGACCUGCAAUAAUUGUCGACAAAAUUUCUGUUUGAAACAUCGAUUAGAGACAAAUCACAAUUGCCAAGGCCCUCAACGGAGUAGGGGUAGACCUGCUUCAAACAAAGCCAACCCCUCACGAUCAUCUGGAGCUGUCAGGUCCAAACCCUCAGCUUCUCGUAACCCGCAAUCCACCUCACUAUCACAAAUCGGAGCCGACCUGCACAAAGAGAGACUUCAAAGGCAACAACAACAACAGAGGCAGCAGCAACCACAUUCAUCACAAUCUAAUAGCCACCUCAGUGAAGAUGAGGCUUUGAGACGAGCCAUAGCUGCCUCUAUGAGUGACCAGCCAUCCUCAAGCUCUGCAGGUCCUUCACCACGCCCCCCUCAGGAGCACACCACUCAGCCCAACACUGACGAAGAUGAAGCUCUAGCAAGAGCUAUUGCAGCCUCCCUCAAUGAACAGCCCCAACCGAAGCCGAAAAGCAAGCCACCCCAGCCCCCUCAAAGACAAGACUCCAACUGUCUAAUAUCUUAGAUAGCACAAUGUGUGUUCAUCUAUUUUCGUCAAAACUGUGCUUUUAUUUCAAUUAUUUGUUGUGUGUAUAAUACAUGCAUUCAUUCAAUGUAGAUUGCAAUUGACAAUAA